GAUCCCCGGCAGAACCGCCCCUUCAAGUCUGUCUUCGUGCCCACUGCCAUCGUCAACCCUGUGAGGAGCAGCGUCAGCUCAGGGACAGUAGGACGGGGCUCUCUUCGCAAAGGGCGGAGCAGCAUGAGAAAGAAUGGAUCCCUCCAGAGACCAGUCCAGUCAGGAGUCCCUACCCUUGUGGUAGGCUCCCUCCAACGCAGCCCCACCAUGGUCGUGCGGCCUCAGCAGUUCCAGUUCCACCAGCCACAGGGCUUCCCUUCCUCACCCACCCCUACUGGAGAACCUGCCCUCACAUACAUCAGCAGAGCCAGUGACACCAGGAUCCAAUCGGCAGCCAGCUCCCUCAUUAUGGAAGGCAAGGAGAUCCCCAUCAAGAGUGAGCCUCUACCCAAACCACCAGCAUCUGCCCCUCCAUCGAUCCUGGUGAAGCCAGAAAACUCAAGAAACAGCACUGAAAAGCAAGUCAAAACCGUGAGAUUUCAGAAUUACAGCCCUCCUCCCGCCAAGCACUACAACACCCAUCCCACUUCUGGAAAGCCGGAACAGCCAGUCAGCCCAAAGGGGGCCCAGCCUGAAGCAGUUCCCAUGGGCCCAGAGAUGAACGUUCUAUUUGCCCACCGAAGCGGCUGCCAUUCCGGACAGCAGACAGAUCUCCGGCGGAAGUCAACUUUGGGCAAAACCCCUGUGUCCACUGCCUCACCCGCACAGCUCGUGUUUCCCAGCAAAUGAAUCUACAGGUGGCUUUUCCUAGACUCUAAAGAGGUGAAUUGCAUUUAAAUACAGUCUGCCUCCACUGCAGGUGUCCAGCCA